AUGGCUGACAAACCCUCAGCACCCGGUCACCUGCGGACUUCUACUGCCUUCGACCAGAACAAACAAUCAGCAGCUGAGCAAAGUCGUCGCCUUGCUCCGACCACUUUUACUUGCCCUUUAUCCUCCUCCUCCUCCUCCCCUUCUUUGCUGUUUCGAUCCCUUGUUGGUCGCCAAGUUUCCAAUCCCUCCAUGGGGCCAAGUUCAGAAUCCGACCACCGCAAACUCUCUGUGCCAAUGGCUCCACCACCACCACCACCACCACCACCCAUGGAGUGCAACAAGUUCAACUUGCUCAGCCUCAUGUCGCCGCCCGAGGUUGUUCUCGACAGUUUUCAGGGCAAUUAUUCGAUAAUGAAGAGGUCGGGCAGUAUCUACGGCAAGCCGUCGUCUUCGCAGCAACCGCUGCCCAUGUCGCCGCCCGUCUCACCUUGCAGCAAGCCAAUCUCGACGGCCAAUGGGCAGCCUGCGACACCGCCUGGCCGCAUACUCAAAGACCCUGUCUUAUACCCCGUUGACGAGCAUUCUCCAGCCAGCCUUCAGCAGCAGCAGCAGCAGCAGCCACUGUUCGCUCCGGCCGAGCUCGAGCAUCACCAAAGGAUAGUCGACGAGCACGUCUUGGCACGAUCGCACACCAUUUUUGGCCGAGUGGCACCGCCCAGACGCGAGGACUACGAGCUGGCCCUUACCUUUCGAUCCCAAGUCAUGAAGCACUUCACCACCAACAGGAAGGGCUGGCUUCGGAAGGAGCGGGCUCUCCUUGAGGCGGACCGGCGGGCAAGUGUGCAACGAUACCAAGUGAUUAUGCCGGCCAAGCCCAUUGCUGCAAAGCCCCCCCGGCAGCGCGUCGACCGAGUGACCAAACCUGGUGCCGGCGGCCCUCGGCCAAUGCGCGCCAACGCCCACGCCGCCCACGCCGCCCACGCCGCCGCCACCCCUGCCACGAUGAACGGAGCAUCCGCAGCAGUGUUACCUGCGGCGGGGCGUGCUAGCGCGACGCCGGAGCCGUCUCGUCGGAUCGUGGCCCCAAAUCGCGAGGACAAGGAUUUCAACUCGCUGCCAAACUACUGUCCCCCGUUGGAUUCGUUGCCGCAUCGAGCCAACAGCCUCAAGGUGGAUUGGAAGGGCCAGCCGAUUGAUCUAAGCAGCGAUCCUCAGGCCAACCUUCUUCACCCGGACGAGCUGCUGCUGGCCGGAAACUUGCGUCUUGAUUGUGCUACGUAUUUGACAAGCAAGCGACGAAUUUUUGACCGACGGCUCCAAUGUCUGCGCACCGGCAAGGAGUUCCGCAAGACGGAUGCUCAACAAGCUUGCAAGAUUGACGUGAACAAAGCCUCCAAACUGUGGACUGCCUUUGAGAAGGUUGGAUGGCUCGACGCGCGUUGGGUCCGCGGGUUUCUUUGA